CUCUCCCUCCGCUCCUAUCCUACUCUACGAGCAAAGCUGAGCGCCCACCCGUCACCUGCUCACGUCGCCUCCACCCACCGACAUACCUACUACGUGGCCUGGUGCCUGCACGACUCCAUCCUUCAGCCCCAUCACCGCCUUACUGUGGUGGUGUCGCUCCUCCCGGUCCCUGAUUCCUGGCCGAGUCCGCCUUCUACUGCUCCUCUCCAGCCCUCCUCACCCAAGGACCUGGAUCGAAACCCUGCAUCAAUACCUCCUCCACAAUGGCGGGGAAGAUGACAUUGUACAAGCUGGUCGUCUUGGGAGACGGAGGCGUGGGUAAAACCGCUCUGACCAUCCAGCUGUGCUUGAAUCACUUUGUCGAAACCUAUGACCCCACCAUUGAGGACUCCUAUCGCAAGCAGGUCCAGAUCGAUGGUCAAUCGUGCAUGCUGGAGGUGCUGGAUACUGCCGGCCAGGAAGAGUACAUUGCCCUGCGAGACCAAUGGAUAAGGGACGGCGAGGGCUUCGUCCUGGUUUACAGCAUCUCCUCGCGCUCCUCCUUUGCGCGUAUCCAGAAGUUCUACAGCCAGAUUCAACGUGUCAAGGAGACUGCCCUCUCGGGUUCGCCCACCUAUCCGGGAUCGCCUCUGAGUACUUCCUCCCUCGGCUCCGCGAGCUAUGGCCCUGCGCCCGUCAUGCUCGUAGGGAACAAAUGCGACCGCGUCACCGAACGCGAGGUCUCCACACAGGAAGGUAGUGCUCUGGCAAAAGAGUUGGGUUGCGACUUUGUCGAGGCUUCGGCCAAGAACUGCGUCAACGUCGAGAAGGCCUUCUAUGAGGUUGUGCGUCAGCUCCGGCGCCAGCGGCACCAGGGUGCCGGCAGGAUUGACAAACCCCCAAAGAUAUCCGCACGUAACGGUACAGGCAGGGGCCGCCCUUAUAUCAACGACGUCGAUGGCCCCCGUGGCCAUGGCGGCAAGCACAAGGAGGGUCGAACCAGCGACCGCACAAGAAGCAGGCCGGGCAACGACAAGAAGCCGAAGUGCACCAUCCUCUGACCCCCCCACCCGACGCCCUGCUACACCCCGCGCAGACUGUGGUGAAAUCAACCUCUGCGCGCAACGUCUCCCACUAUUCCCCCAACGUCGAGAACAGCCGUCCAUUCCACACGGCAUCUUCCGCUCCAGCACCUCAGACUACCGAUCCUUUCAAUGUUUACGAGUCGAACGAUGCAAGCAUCACUCCAUUCUCGGCAACAGUCUGCCGGAUGAGUGCUCCAGUCGUGCACUGGU